UAUGUUUCUCGUUAAAAAGCAUAUUUUCCUGCAGCGUCGGUUGCGAACGAAUACGCGAGGUACGGACCGGGAAUGCAAAACGAGCGCGAAACACAGCUAUAGAAGCAAAUAGAAGCAAAAGCAGCUGGGAGGAAUUCACUCUGCGAAAUUCAAUAACCAAGGGAACCGACAGGAAGUCUUGUAUCAUACGGAUAUAUCACGGUUGCGGAUGGUAUGAGAAAAAACGAGAAGCAGUCAUUUGUACUCUAUAAAUUUACCGCUCUAUCCUGACUCGAGAGGGAGCCACUUGUUACCUGCUUGCCACUUUUCCCUCGAGUCACAAAGUAACCUAACCUCGGAAGUGUUGCGAACAUUUCUGUCAAAUUUCUCCGCGAGCAAGUUUACGUGGAUUUUUAAUCGGAAUUUUUAAAAUGUCAUCCGUCAAGUUGUUAGAAGACAGAAUUGCUAAUUUGGAGAAGCAAGUGUAUGGGCCAAGCAGGACAAUUAAUGUUGAUGAUCCUGCACCACCGAAUGCUGUCAUCGAUCGUCUGCUGGAUGUCAACUCAUUGAUCUCCUCGGCAUUGUCCGGUAGAGAGAAGCCAAAUGCGAUCAUCAAGCGGUUGCCAGAGUUGAAUGGCUACUUGGAUCCUGUUUCUGAGGAUAUUGAAAUGCCCACAAGUGCGAAAGUCCAGCUAUUGUUGACAAUGGAGUCAGAGAUCAUGGAGAAUCACAAACUAUUAACUAAAAUGCAAGAACUUGUGCCUGUGUUAGAGUCCGAACGUAUCAAAGAUGUUCCCGAAUUUAACAGUGUAUUUAAUAAAUUGUCACUGUCAUAUCUCAAGGCUUACGAAGAUUCUGAAGAGCUAAGCGCUCACGUGCACGAUCUUUUAUCCAAAUAUAAUUCAGUCAUAAGUAGCAUAUCAGAAUCUUUAAUUACUUUGGAUGCUGCGAUUACUGCCGCGGAAAUAGCAGCUAUGCCAAAGAAACAAAUGGAAGAUUGAGAAGAUGAUUAUUGCAUUCUGUCCAUUUAUGUCUAUCGGUGUUAAUUUAUUUUUUUAAUGUGUUUAAAUAGCGCAAAAUCAAUUUUAUCAGUUAUAUUUUAAAUUAUUUAUUGUAGUGAAAUGUUUUAGAAACGCUUUGGUUUAAAUUAGAAUGGAAAUGUAUCACGGAUUUGUUUAAAAUACAUUUAUUUGCCAUCCUUACUCUUGAAAUAUAAAAAUAUGCAUUCAUCAAUGACUAUGCAUAUAUAAACAUAUUUUUAUCUUGUUGUAUCUCUAUAACAAUGCAUUUUAUUAAAAUACUCAUAUUAUAUA